AUGAGCCCGGCCUCUGUGACUCUGGCCAGUGCCCUGCAGGUCCGGGGCGAAGCUCUGUCUGAAGAGGAGAUCUGGUCCCUCUUGUCCCUGGCUGCUGAGCGGCUCCUGGAAGACCUCCACGGUGAUUCCUCGGACUAUGUGGUCUGCCCCUGGUCAGCCUUGCUUUCUGCGACUGGAAGUCUCUCCUUCCAAGACCAUGUUUCUCAUAUAGAGGCGGCUCCUUUCAAGGCCCCUGAACUGCUACAGGGACAGAGUGAUGACGAGCAGCCUGAUGCAUCUCAGAUGCACGUCUAUUCUUUGGGAAUGACCAUGUGCGAAGACCAGCCUGGCAGGCGGCUACCGCUGCAGUCCAUCCUGGAAGCUUGUCGGAUUCAUUGGGAAGAAGUGGCUGUCCACCCAGCCUCUGCCAGUCUCCACGUCAGACAGCUGGUCGGCUUGGUUCUGGGCACCAUCUCCGAGGUGGAGAGGAGGGCUGUGGAGGAAAGCUUGUCCGGGCAGCGGGACAGAAGCUACCUGCUCAGGAACAGGCUGCAGCAGGCCAGCUGUGAGAGCCGGGCAGCGAGGGCCCCGGGGUGUCUGCAUCCCUGCAGAGUUUCAGAGAGAAGCACAGAGACUCAGAGCUCCCUGGAGCCCAGACUGAGCGCCUCAGCACACAGUUGCUGCAGCCUCUCUGUGAACAGCGUUCUUCCAGCUGAAGUUCCCCCAGAUCUUCAGGAAGGCCGACGGCUCAGCUCUGGUUCUGCUCUCCCAGAAAACUCACGGCUAGCAACUCCUUCUGGAAAGGGUUUCCUGCAAAGAAAGGGAAAGUUCUCCAGGCCGGAGUUCGUCCUGCUGGCUGGAGAGGCCCCGGUGAUCUUGUAUCUGCCUGGAACAAUUGUGACCAAAAAAGGGAAGUCCUAUUUGGCUCUCCGGGCCCUCUGUGUAGUGCUGCUGAACGGGCAGUGCCUGGAGGUGAGAUGUGACAUCACGUCGACAGUGGGAGCCGUCUUCAGCGCUGUUGCGUCCUUUGCCAACCUUGGGGAGCUCACCUACUUUGGCUUGGCUUACAUGAAAGGCAAAGAGUUCUUUUUCCUGGACGCUGAAACCAGGUUGUGCAAAAUAGCCCCCGAAGGCUGGAGUGAGCUGCCCCAGAAGAAGAGCUCCCCGGAUACCUUCACGCUCUUUCUGAGAAUAAAGUUCUUUGUCAGUCACUACGGGCUGCUCCAGCACAGUUGGACAAGGCACCAAUUUUACCUGCAGCUUCGGAGAGACAUCCUGGAGGAGAAGCUGUACUGCAAUGACGAGAUGCUGCUGCAGCUGGGGGUCCUCGCCCUGCAGGCUGAGUUUGGCAGUUACCCAGAGGAGCAGGUAGAGAGUAAAGCCUAUUUUCGAGUUGAAGAUUACAUCCCCGCAAGUCUGAUUGAGAGGAUGACGGCUCUCCGGGUCCAAGUCGAAGUCUCAGAGCUGCACCGUCUAAGUCCUGUGCUCUGGGGAGAGGAUGCGGAGCUGGAGUUCUUGAGGGUGACUCAGCAGCUCCCUGAAUAUGGUGUGCUGGUUUACCAAGUUCUCCCAGAGAAGACAAGGCCAGGAGGAGAGAUGGCCUUGGGGCUCUGUGCCAAGGGGGUCAUAGUGUACGAAGUGAGAAACAACAGCAGAAUUGCGACUUCACGGUUUCAGUGGAGAGAAAUUGAAAAGAUUUUGGCCUAUCGAAAGAAGUUCAUCAUCACAAGCAGCAUCACUGGGAAAAAGCACAUGUUUGUCACUGAUUCAGCCAAGACCUGUAAAUAUUUACUGAGCCUCUGCUGCGCCCAGCAUGGAUUUAAUGCUCGGACGAGCUCUCCCGGAGUUACAACUGUUACAUUUGACUAUGAUAAGUGUGUGCAAAUGGCCAAUCUGAGUCUUGCACACCUGGCCCAGUCCAAGCCGCUCACUUGGAUCCAGAGACUGUCGUGCUCAGAAAAUGCGCUGUUUGUACCCGGGCUGGAGGGUGCGGCAGGAGGCCUGCUGCACACAUCACUGGAUAACUUCACUGUGGACACCAGCAAGGGGACCAGGGCGCAAGGACUCAGAGGCAGGCCCUGCCCAGGCCACGAGCAGCUGGAGCACAUCUGUUUGACCCAGAAGCCAACGACUUGUGACCCUCUCUCUGGACUGCCUGCUCAGAGCAUGCGCACGGGGCCACAAAAUAAGAGAAGGAACUUUACAGCUGAACUAGACCGAGAAAUUGUGCGUGUGACACUGAGCCGGGAUCCACGCCGUGGUUUUGGUUUUGUCAUUAAUGAGGGAGAAGAUGUAGGCAAAGUUGAUCCUGGCAUCUUUAUAUCUUCUAUUAUACCUGGGGGACCAGCUGAAAAAGCUAAAAAGAUCAAACCAGGAGGGCAGAUACUAGCCUUGAAUCACAUCAGUCUGGAGGGCUUCACAUUCGACAUGGCUGUUAGAAUGAUUCAGAAUUCUCCUGACAACAUAGAAUUAAUCAUUUCUCAGUCAAAAGGUGUUUGCGGAAAUACCUCAAGCGAGGAGAAGAAUAGCACGGCCAACUCUGGGGUCUUCUCUACAGACAGCCUGAGCAACGGGCACCUGGGAAGUUUUUCAUCACACACACAAGACCAGGAAAGAAAUAUUGAAGAACUGGAAAUGGCUCGGACUCAGAGCUUAAUGCCCAGGCUGAGGCCUCAGAUGUCUGCUCUGCCAUUUAAGGGUACUGGUUCCUCGUGCCCUCUAUCACCUUCAGAAAACAAUGCCAGUGAAAUCUACUUUGUGGAGCUGGUUAAAGAAGAUGGGACACUUGGAUUCAGCGUGACUGGUGGCAUUAACACAAGUGUGCUCUGUGGAGGUAUCUACGUGAAAUCCAUCAUUCCCGGAGGGCCAGCAGCCAAGGCAGGGCGGAUCCUGCAGGGUGAGGAUGGAGUCAUUCUGGGCUCUGCGUUCUAUGGUGUGAUGAGCCCCGGCGUGGGGGGUGCAGCCUUCAAGCCUUGCCCCACUCUCACUCUGAUGCCUUGUGCAAGUGAUUGCCUCUCCAGGUCAUGGUUUCCUUACCUGGAAAAGGAGAUGAUUUAA